AUGAGCGCCUCCGACAAACGCCGCACACACGGCGGCACCGGAAACCAUGUCCUGCGAACGGCCUCGUCCGCGCGCCAUGCUCACCAUAAUGCUGGGCCGGGCAGUGGUUCGACUGGGGCCAGCGCCGGCGCAGGCAGCGGCGCAGGCAGCCAUUUACCAGCAGUGCCCCAGCGCGUCGCCGUGGUCAAUGCCAGCGCCGUGGGCGACGACACGCACGACACCGCCGACAAGGACAAGGACAAGGACGAAAAAAAGGAACCGACCGGAACGAGCAGUGGAAGCACAGUCACGCGCACAUCAUCGUCGCGCACUGUAAAGGAUAAGCACCGCGAGCGCGAUCGGGACCGAGAUAGGGAGUCGGCGAGCCUUGCUGCCCAGGUCAAGCAGAAAGACGAGCGCAUCGCGUAUCUGGAGCGCGAGAUGGACACCAUGGAGCGCGAGUUUCAGCACCAGUUGGAUAAGAUGAGCGCCAACGAGAGCGAGACGGCGAUCUUUUGGCAGUCCAAGCACAGUACGAUACACCAGCAAUAUUUACGGACCGAUACGGAGCUACGCCUGCUGCGGGCGGAAGUGGAUGUCCGAGAGGCAGAGAGAGAAGAGCUCCGGCAGGGCUGGGACGUGCUACGGCGAGAGAUAGAAGUGCUACGGCGAGAGGUGAAGGAUAAGGAUGAAGAGAAUCGCGCGCUACGAGGGCAGGUGCGGGGUCUCAAAGAGUUUGUGAGCACAAGCACGAGGGCCGAUGGCCAGACGAGCGACGAAGUUUUCGGCGACGGUAUGGCGCGGUUGGGAAACGGGCUACAAAAUUGGGUUAUUUCCCAUUUCCGAAAGGCAAAGCUCGACUUGUCGAAAUUAGGCGACGAAAUGACGAGGGAAAUCAGCACGCUGGUGCCCAUGUAUGAAGAGCUUGCCAAGACGGCCAAGGUGCACUUUUUGCAAUCCGUCGUCUCGCGGAUCCUCGUCGACAUGAUUUUCGACUCUUACUUCGUGGGUCUGUCGAAGGACCAGACAAACUUAUUCCGCCAAAUGGAGCAGCUCCUCUCUUCAUUCUGCGGCCAGGAGCUGGAGCCGGUCAACCAAUGGCGCGCAUCAACCCUAACGUUGCUCCGACGAGAAGCACCGCAGCUCCUCCAAGACGACACGACCACCUUUGCCGAGACGGUGGUAUCACGCACCAACCACAUUCUCGAUGCCCUGACCGGCGACACCGCCAUGGCCAGCAACGGAACCGAAGGCGCGCGCGACGCCUCCCUGCGCGUGCUCGUCAACAAUUCUAUAGAGCUCGCGCGGCUGCUCGUCGUCCAGAAGGCGGUGCUGCGCGUGUACAUGCCACAAAUCCUGCCGCACCAGCGCGUGCUCUUUGAGCCGAGCACGAUGGAGGACAUUGGCGGGGCGGAAUAUGACGAUGAUGAUGUUGGCGGGCCGGUGGAGCGCGAGGUUGGGUGUGUGGUGUUUCCGGGGGUGGUGAAGCGAGGGGAUGAGCAUGGCGCGCAGAUGCAGUACAGGAAUGUCAUUUGUAAGGCCAAGGUCGUGUGCAGGCAGGAGUAA